AUGGGCAAUAGUUCUAGCCGUAUAACGGCUCGGGACAAAGCCAUACUCGAUCUCAAAAACCAACGCGACGCCCUGCACCGCUACCAAAAGCGCAUCGCCAUCCUGACCGCGCGCGAGACCGAGAUCGCGCGACAGCUCUUAGCGCGCGGCGACAAGCAGCGGGCACUGCUAGCCUUGCGGCGCAAAAAGUUCCAGGAGUCCCUCCUCGCAAAGACGGAUGCGCAGCUCGCGCAGCUGGAGCAGCUCGCCGCGACGGUCGAGUUCGCCCUAAUCCAGAAGGAUGUGCUGUUUGGCCUGCAACAGGGCACGAAAGUCCUUCAGGAGAUUCACCGAGAGAUGGGCGGUAUUGAGAAUGUGGAGAAGUUGAUGGGGGAGACGGCGGAUGCGAUUGCGUAUCAACAGGAGGUCAGUGAAAUUCUCUCUGGCAGGAUAUCGAACGCAGACGAGGAGGAAGUGGAGGACGAGCUGGCCGCCCUCGAGGCCGAGGUCAACGGUUGUGUUGGUACUGCUGAGCGGCUACCCAACGCGCCUACCACAGAUUUACCAGCACAGAAGUCUGGUGAAGAAUCUGCCGUAGUAUCACAGCCUACCAAGCAACGAGAGCGGCAGGUGGUGUUUGCUUCCUAG